AUGACUCCUGCUCCCGUACCGAUACCAGAUGUCAACACGGCAGCUGUCCGUGAGGACGCCGUCGAGGACGAUGUCAUGGAAGACCACCACCCAUCCAAUUUCCAAGACUCGGUCCACAGGCGUCUACGGGCCAAUUCUUCUAUCAUGCAUUUCCAGAAGAUCCUCGUGGCUAACAGAGGCGAGAUACCUAUCCGUAUCUUCCGUACCGCCCACGAACUCUCCCUACAGACCGUUGCCGUCUUCAGUUACGAGGACAGGCUGAGCAUGCACCGCCAAAAGGCUGACGAGGCUUAUCAGAUCGGUAAGCGUGGCCAGUAUACGCCCGUGGCCGCCUACCUGGCUGGCCAGGAGAUCGUCAACAUCGCCUCCCAGCACGGUGUCCAUCUCAUCCAUCCCGGCUACGGCUUUUUGUCUGAGAACGCUGAAUUCGCCCGUGCCGUCGAAAAGGCCGGUAUGGUCUUCGUCGGACCUACUCCAGAGACCAUCGACAGACUGGGUGACAAGGUCUCCGCGCGAACAAUCGCCAUGGAGUGCAAGGUGCCCGUUGUCCCCGGUACUCCCGGGCCGGUCGAGACGUUCGACGCCGUCAAGUCCUUCACGGACGAGUAUGGCUUCCCCAUCAUUAUCAAGGCUGCCUUUGGCGGUGGUGGCAGGGGUAUGCGUGUUGUCCGUGACCAAGAGUCGCUACGUGACUCCUUCGAGCGCGCUACCUCGGAGGCCAAGACCGCCUUCGGCAAUGGCACCGUGUUCGUAGAACGCUUCCUCGACAAACCAAAGCACAUCGAGGUCCAACUGCUCGGUGACAACCAUGGCAACGUCGUCCAUCUAUACGAGCGUGACUGCAGUGUCCAGCGUCGCCACCAAAAGGUCGUCGAGCUUGCUCCGGCCAAGGAUCUCCCCAUUGACGUCCGUGACAACAUCCUGGCUGAUGCCGUCAAACUUGCCAAAUAUGUAAACUACCGCAACGCCGGUACCGCAGAGUUCCUCGUCGAUCAGCAGAACAGAUACUACUUCAUUGAGAUCAACCCCCGUAUUCAGGUUGAGCACACCAUUACCGAAGAAAUCACAGGCAUCGAUAUCGUUGCUGCCCAGAUCCAAAUCGCUGCUGGUGCCACCCUCGAACAGCUUGGUCUUACCCAAGACCGCAUCUCUAUCAGAGGUUUCGCCAUUCAAUGUCGUAUCACCACAGAAGACCCUACCAAGGGCUUCCAGCCCGACACCGGCAAGAUCGAGGUUUACCGCUCCGCCGGUGGUAACGGUGUCCGUCUUGACGGAGGCAACGGUUUUGCUGGCGCCAUAAUUACACCCCACUACGACUCCAUGUUGGUUAAAUGUACCUGCCAUGGUUCCACAUAUGAAGUGGCACGACGAAAGAUGCUCCGUGCCCUCGUUGAGUUCCGUAUCCGUGGUGUUAAGACAAACAUUCCCUUCUUGGCCUCGCUGCUCACACACCCAACCUUCAUCGAAAGCCAGUGCUGGACCACCUUCAUCGAUGAUACCCCAGAACUCUUCGCUCUCAUUGGAUCGCAGAACCGUGCCCAGAAACUCCUCGCGUACCUUGGUGAUGUUGCUGUCAACGGAAGCAGCAUCAAGGGUCAAGUUGGCGAGCCCAAGUUCAAGGGUGAAAUCUUGAUGCCCAUCAUGCGUGAUGCGGAGGGCAAACCACUCGAUAUUAGUACUCCUUGCAAGAAGGGAUGGAAACAGAUCAUCGACGACAAGGGCCCUGCUGCGUUUGCAAAAGCUGUGCGUGAGAACAAGGGAUGUCUUAUCAUGGACACUACCUGGCGUGAUGCCCAUCAAUCCCUGCUGGCAACCAGAGUUCGUACAGUUGACUUGGUUAACAUUGCCAGGGAGACUAGUUAUGCCUACAGUAAUGCAUACAGUUUGGAAUGCUGGGGUGGUGCGACCUUUGACGUUUCCAUGAGAUUCCUCUACGAAGAUCCGUGGGACAGACUCAGAAAGAUGAGGAAGGCAGUUCCAAACAUCCCAUUCCAGAUGCUACUUCGUGGUGCUAAUGGCGUUGCUUACUCCUCCCUCCCUGACAAUGCCAUCUACCAUUUCUGCAAACAGGCAAAGAGAUAUGGUGUUGACAUUUUCCGUGUCUUUGAUGCUCUCAAUGACAUUAACCAGCUUGAGGUUGGUAUGAAGGCCGUGGCUGCAGCAGGGGGUGUUAUCGAAGCAACUAUCUGCUACUCCGGAGAUAUGCUCAACCCCAAGAAGAAAUAUAAUCUGGACUACUACCUUGAUCUAGUCGACAAGAUAGUUGCCCUGGGUACUCACAUUCUCUGUAUCAAGGAUAUGGCUGGUGUCCUUAAGCCCCAGGCUGCAACCUUACUUAUUGGAUCCAUCAGGAAGAGGUAUCCUGACCUACCUAUCCACGUCCACACCCACGACUCGGCUGGUACUGGUGUCGCCUCCAUGGUCGCCUGUGCUCAUGCUGGUGCUGAUGCUGUGGAUGCUGCCACCGACAGUAUGUCUGGCAUGACCUCCCAGCCUAGCGUAGGCGCCAUCCUCGCCUCGCUUCAGGGCACCGAACAGGAUCCAAAGCUUGACACUCCAAAUGUCCGCGCCAUUGACAGCUACUGGGCCCAACUUCGUCUCCUCUACUCUCCCUUCGAGGCUGGCCUUGCCGGACCCGACCCAGAGGUCUACGAGCACGAAAUCCCCGGUGGUCAGCUCACCAAUCUCAUUUUCCAAGCGCACCAGCUUGGUCUUGGUGCUCAAUGGGCUGAAACUAAGAAGGCCUAUGAGCAAGCCAACGAUCUCCUUGGAGACAUUGUCAAGGUCACUCCAACCUCCAAAGUCGUUGGUGACCUAGCUCAGUUCAUGGUCUCCAACAAACUUAGCCCAGACGACGUGAUUGCCCGUGCUGGCGAGCUUGAUUUCCCGGCUUCUGUCCUUGAGUUCCUCGAGGGUCUCAUGGGCCAACCUUAUGGCGGAUUCCCCGAACCCCUCCGCUCCAAGGCCCUUCGCGACCGCCGAAAACUCUCUGACCGUCCAGGUCUCCACCUCGAGCCACUCGAUCUAGUCAAGAUCAAGGCCGAUCUGAAGGAGAAAUUCGGCAGCGCUACUGAAUGUGACGUUGCUAGUUAUGCCAUGUAUCCCAAGGUCUACCAGGACUACCGCAACUUCGUAGCCAAAUAUGGUGACCUGUCUGUCCUGCCAACUAAAUAUUUCCUAGCUAGGCCUGAGAUUGGCGAAGAGUUCAGCGUCGAACUCGAGCAAGGAAAGGUCCUUAUUCUGAAGCUACUGGCCGUAGGUCCGCUGUCUGAGCAGACCGGCCAACGAGAAGUCUUCUAUGAGAUGAAUGGUGAAGUUCGACAGGUUUCUGUCGACGACGUCCUUGCCACUGUGGAUGAUACCAGCCGCCCCAAGGCCGAUGCCAGCGAUAGCAGCCAGGUAGGUGCGCCAAUGAGCGGUGUGGUUGUGGAAAUCAGGGCGCACGAGGGUGUCGAGGUGAAGAAGGGAGACCCAAUCGCCGUUCUAAGCGCUAUGAAGAUGGAAAUGGUCAUCUCCGCACCUCACCACGGAAAGAUUGCCAGCCUACAUGUUAAGGAGGGAGAUUCCGUCGACGGACAGGACCUUAUUUGUAAAAUGACCAAGGCGUCUUAA